AUGGGCCAACACACCUCCCUGCUCAGCGAAGAACAACAAGCCAACGCAUUGCUAUACAGCACUGCAUCCUUCACUCCGGGUAUUUUAUCGUUCACAAUCCCGAAACUGGGCGUUACCGCUCUAUUGAUUCGCAUAUUGAAUCCGACACCACGGUUUAAGGUUUUCCUUUGGGUGCUUGUCGGAUCGAUCGACUUGAUUAUUUUCGGAUGUGUGAUUAUUUUAUUUGCGCAGUGUUCGCCGACGAGAGCGCUUUGGACGCCAAGUAUACAUGAUUUGCCGGGUGUGAAGUGUUGGGAUCCCGAGGUGUUGGCUUUUUAUUCUAUUGGAGCUGGAGCAUUGUCGGCAUUUUUGGAUUUGUUCCUAGCUGUAUAUCCGGCCACGGUGCUGUAUAGGUUGCAGAUGAACCGGAAGAAGAAAAUUGGCUUGAUGAUGAUUCUGGGAAUGGGUAUUUUUGCAAGCGCAAUAUCAAUCUACAAAGCAACUACAUUAACCGGCCUCGACGUCCUUACGGACUAUACAUAUACAUCUUUCAGCGUCUUCCUAUGGACCAGCGUCGAAGGAAACACAAUUAUAAUAGCGGCUUGCAUCCCUACCGUCGCGCCGCUCCUUGAAGGCAUCUUCGGAAACAACGUCCUCCGCGGCCCCUCAGCCGAGCAAUCCUCCUACUACCGCAAAAAGGGGCGACGCGAUGUAUUCGCCCAACACAAUCGAGGAAAUGAUAGUAAAGGCCCCAUUAUACCACCCACAGCAUUGGUCAGGGACAGUGCAUUGGCACCAAAACAACAAGAAAGGAGUCGACGAGGAUCCGCACAACGUCAAGACCAAAAGGGAUGGAUGUCCUCCACCCUAAACAGCAGAAGCAGUCGCGACUCAAACCUCAAGUCCAAACUCUCCCCAACAUCGCCCUCAUACUCCUACAUGAAAAGCAUGACCUCCAAAACAGACGUGGAAUCUCAAACCAGUAUCCUCGACUACGACGAGCGUCACCUCGAAGAAGAAGACGACGAAAUAGAAAUGUCUCACAUAUCUAGACAUGACUCAUUCAGAAUCCAGUACGAGACUGUAGCCGACCCAAACAAUCCGCGCAAUGAGCAUAAUGUCAUUGAAGGCGGGACGAUAGAUAGGAACGGCAGGCCGUUGUCGAUUUGGAGGAGAAGUUUUUCGAAGUAUGGGUAUCCCGGGUUGAGUGGGUAUCACCACACGAACAGCAAUAAUCAUAAUCGGAAUAACACUGGUGACAAGGGGAAUAGGCCUGGGUCAUGA